GAAGCAGCAGCAGAGGAGGGGGCUUGGUGGUGCUUGGGGUCCAGUAAGAAGGGUAAUUUGGGGCGUCCAGAGUGAGGUGUUCCACCAGCAGUUGUCACUUCGGCAGUCGAUGGUGGGUGGAGUGGCACAUGUGCUGCUCUAAGCCGGACUGUCUUUCUAUUCAGGACUUUGUAUACCUCUGCAAUCUUUGACUUGGACUACUUUGGAACUAUUGACCUCAACAUUGUGUUUUGUUUUCUGCUGUGUCAUAGAACUUCCAAAACAACUUUUUGGCACCAAAAAUCUUCGCUGAAGCUGCCCAGCUGAGGUGAAGGGGAGGGCAGAAGAUCCUAGUUCAGCUUGAGUGUGGAUGACCUGCCCCCAGAAACAGGACCAUGAUCUGAAAAGCGUGCUGUACACAGAGCCCCGUUCUUCCUUUCUUCCUUCUCCCUCUUUUUUUGUUUUUGUUUUUUUCUAUCUUGCUGGUGAAAGCCUCCCUGCCUGGGUCCUUCAAACAGGGUCAGUGUGCACAGCGAGGGCAAACUGAAAGCGAAUAGAGAUUCAAAGAGGAGGAAAAGUAACAGCAGCCAUCCGUGACCUCACAUCUUGUCACUUUCCCCUGAUCCUCCCACUGCAACACCAGAACCAUGGGGAGGAAAAAGAUCCAGAUUCAGAGGAUCACUGACGAACGCAACAAACAGGUGACGUUCACCAAGAGGAAGUUUGGUUUGAUGAAGAAGGCCUACGAGCUGAGCGUCCUGUGCGACUGCGAGAUCGCUCUCAUCAUCUUUAACCACUCCAACAAGCUGUUCCAGUAUGCCAGCACUGACAUGGACAAGGUCUUGCUGAAGUACACCGAGUACAACGAGCCACACGAGAGCCGGACUAACGCUGACAUUAUCGAGACGUUGCGAAAGAAAGGCUUUAACGGUUGCAACAGCCCUGAGCCCGACGGCGACGACUCCAUCGACCAAAGCCCGCUAAAUGACCGCAAGACCGAGGACCUGGACAGCCUCUUCAAGCGCUACGGCGUGAGUACAAUCACAUUUUUGUCACCUUAUCUAACCUACCCUUUUCUUCUUCUCCCUUUUUUCUCUACUUUCCUCUCUCUCUCUUUCUCUCUCUCUCUUUCUCUCUCCCUGUCUGCCUUCUCUUCUUUUGUUUGGGGAUCGAAGGCUCUGAACAAGAAAGAGCACCGGGACUCUGAGAGCCCAGACCCCGAGGAGCCCUUCUCCCUCACCCCCCGCACUGAAGAGAAAUACAAAAAAAUUGACGAGGAGUUUGAUAAAAUGAUGCAGAACUAUAGGCUGUCAUCUACAGUCCCACAGCCCACCUUCUCCAUGCCAGUCACCGUGCCAGUAUCCAACCAGAACGCAGCGGCGGCCCUUCAGUUCAGUAACAACCCUUCCGGCACCCUGGUCACCACCACCUCCUUUGUCACCUCCACCCUCACAGAUCCCCGGCUCCUUUCCCCACAGCAACCCGCUCUGCAGAGAAACACCGUGUCGCCAGGGUUACCACAGCGGCCAGCCAGUGCAGGUGCUCUGUUAGGGGGAGACUUGGGGAACUCUAAUGGAGCGUGCCCGAGUCCAGUCCCUAAUGGCUACAUCAGUGCCAGGGCCUCCCCAGGCCUCCUCUCUGUAUCCAAUGGCAACAGCCUGGGGAAAGUAGUCCCGGCUAAGUCUCCACCUCCACCCAGCCCUCAGAUGGUCAACAGCCGUAAGCCGGACCUGAGGGUCAUCACCUCACAGAGUGGCAAGAGCCUCAUGCAGCUGACUGAGGAAGAGCUGGAGUUGAAUGCUCAACGACUAGGCGGCUCCCAGGUGGCACAGCCACUCACCACACCAGUGGUCUCCGUGGCAACACCCAGUCUCCUAGCGCCCUUCUCCGGCAUGCAGACGGCCUACAACACUGAGUACCAGCUGACGAGCGCAGAUCUCACAGCGCUCCAGACGUUCACGCCACCGGGGCUGGUGCCUGGCAACAUGGCUGCUUGGCAACAGCAACAGCAACCAGCAGUCUCUCAGCAGCAACAACAGCAACAGCAGCAACAGCAACUGAGCUUGGCAUCACUCAGCAACUUGGUCAUGUGGGGUGCAGAGAAACAGAAUGCGGAGAUGGUUAACUGCAUCUCCAAUUUUGCUGCUAACCUGAGCUUGGCUUCUCAGCCCAACUUGCUCUUUGGUAGGGAGGAGGGCCUCUGCUGGCAAGUGGGAGUACAGGGUGCCGCGCUGACAGUCAACACAAACCCCAACGUCAAUAUCAAGUCCGAACCCGUCUCACCAAACCGUGACCGCAGCACUCCCAGCUCCACCAGUGGGGUGGCUGGAGUUGGAGUGGGCCAGAGUCAACUCCAGGGACAAGGUCUGGUGUCCAUCGCCUACCCUGGUACUCUGCGUCUUGAAGCGGGAGGCCAAGGCCGCUCACCUGUUGACAGUCUCAGCAGCAACGGCAGCUCAUAUGAAGGCAGCGACCGAGACGAUGGCACCCAGGGUCGAGGUGGGGGUCUGGAUUAUCACCACCAGGUCGGCGCCGGAGCCCAGCAGCCCACCAUGGUCCUUCUGCGGCCCUCAUCAGCAGAGCCUCAAGAACAGGAUGGGACCAACGUCAAGAGAAUGAGACUGGACACCUGGGUCACAUAAACGGAUCGAUGGACAGAUGGAGGAUGGAGAUGUGUACUUGUGGAUUGUGUACAUGCCCCACCAGCUCCAGCAGCCCCAAUAUCCACAUUGCAUACGCACAGACAAAAUCCACCCACCACCAACCCAGUAACCUGCUGUCUACACAGUAAACCUCACAUGGAUACAUACACAACACAAGCAUGCUAACAUACUCGCACAUGUGGACACUCACUCGUAUGGCAAUGUGCAGUCACGUUUGAACUGUAAUGUAUUCUCACUGACAUACACCAAACCCAACAAGACCAGGAAUUAUUUAUCAAAAAAAAAAGACCAUGCUGCGCAUCAUUCAGCUGGAUUCGGAUAGAAGUGAAUGAGUUUGUAAUCAGGCUGCAGUGGUUAGGAACUGUGGCCUGAUUAAAUUUGGCCACAUGGACUUCUUGACAGUUUCUGGAAAAGCAGACAAGCCAAACUUGGUUUCCCAGCAUGCCCCUGCCAUGAUUCACGGCUGGUGGCAAUCUUUCACCUUCAUAUCUUUACUGUCUGGUAGGUUUUGAUCAAAUAUGACAGCGCUGUAUUAAAACGGUGCCACCAACGAGUCCACAUCGAUGUACACAUCCGCCCAUCCACAGUUGUAUUGCUAUCACUCUAGAUUUUUGUUUGUUUUCUAAGAGGAGCAGCUGUGCUCUUUUUUUUUUUUCUUCUUCUUCUUUCUUUUCUUUUUUUUUAAAGCGUGGAGUUUUGUCCCUCUGUCUUGACUGUUGACAUUUAGAGUUUGGAUUCAUUUUGAAUAUGAAGACACUAAAAGAAUAACUUGCCUCCCUUCUCAGUCAAGUCGGCGGCUCCAUCAACAUGGCCGGCAUUGGGUCCUGUACAAGAAUGGCGACCACCAGGGGUCUUUAUUUAAUCAGAACCACGCAGACCAGCUGUAAAACGAGGAACGUGAUUUGUUGCCGAGGUAAAAGACUGCUUUUCUUUGAAUCAGGGACGAGCUGCCACAGCUCAACGACACAUGACGCAGAUUCUCCUCGUUUCGCCCACAUCGUGUCAACUACAGAUGCUGAGAAAGGUGUGUGUUUGGUUUGUUUGUGUGCGUGUGUGUGUAUACGGGUUUGUUAC